UCGGGGCUGCGGGCUGGUGCCGAGAGCAGGCAGCGGCCAGUGCCGAGCUCAAAGCCGGAGCCGGGGUCGGCGCGGUGACCACCCCCAGCUGCCCGCCGGGCCCGGCCCCCUCCUCGGGCGGCUGAGCCGGGACCUUCGGGUAAAGGUGCAUCCUCUCCCUUUUGGUCCUCCCCAGCAUCCAGGCUGGGCUGAGGAGCUUGUUCCCUGCCCUUGGAGAGCAGAACAGAAAGCCACAAACAGACUAAUGUCUCAUUCCUAGGCUCAGCCUUGGGGGCUAGAAAUGAUGCCUUUCUGUGACUCCUGCUGAGCUCCAUAGCUUUCUCUGUCUUUCCCUGUAAGGGAGCACUCCUGGUCCCUGAGGACUAGGAGAGUGGGGGUCAGGGUCAUCAGGGACUGACUGGGUCAUGGCCCUGGGCCAGGAACCACUUCCAGUGCCCCCCAAGUGAGCAGCCAGCUAUGGCCACCAGUGGUGCCCGCACCUUUGUUUGGCAUGUGUUCCCGGCCAUGCCCACAUGUCGGGUGUACUGCACACCUGCCCACCAGGAUGGACACCUUUUUGUGCUGGGUGGAUGCAGCCGGGCAGGAUUGCCUUUGGGCACAGCAGAAUUGCUGGAUGUAGCUUCACACAAGUGGCUUUCCCUGCCCCCGCUGCCCACUGCUCGAGCUGGUGCAGCUGCAGUAUCCCUAGGCAAGCAGGUGUUGGUGAUUGGGGGCAUGGAUGCUGGGCAGAGCCCCCUGGCUUCUGUGGAGGCUUACCACACAGACGAAGGCCGAUGGGAGCGGCGAGCUGCCCUGACACAGCCAGCCAUGGGCAUCUCAGCCUUGGAGAGGGAUGGUGUGGUGUAUGCACUAGGUGGAAUGGGCUCAGACACAGCCCCACAAGCCCUGUUGAGGAUGUAUGAACCUUCUAGGGACCGAUGGCUCUCCCUGCCCUCCAUGCCCACACCCUGCUAUGGGGCCUCCACAUUUCUUCAGGGGAAUAAGAUCUUUGUUCUGGGGGGCCGUCAGGGGAAAUUGCCUGUAACUGCCUUUGAGGUCUUCGAUGUUGAGAUGCAGAAUUGGACUCGAUACCCAAGUGUGCCCAGCCGGCGGGCCUUUGCUAGCUGUGCCAUGGCAGAGGGCAGCUUCUUUAGCCUGGGGGGCCUGCAACAGCCUGGACCCCACAACUUCUAUUCCCGCCCACACUUUGUCAACACGGUGGAAAUGUUUGACUCUGAGCAGGGUGCCUGGACAAAGCUUCCUCGUUCUCUUCGAAUGAGGGAAAAGAGGGCAGACUUUGUAACUGGCUAUCUUGGGGGCCGAGUCGUGGCAGUGGGAGGCCUUGGGAACCAACCGUGUCCUCUGGGCUCUGUAGAAGGCUUCAGCCUGGCAAGGAGGAAGUGGGAGGCACUGCCCUCGAUGCCAACAGCUCGAUGUUCCUGUUCCAGUCUCCAGGCCGGGCAACAGCUUUUUGUCAUUGGUGGAGUGGCCCAGGGCCCCAGUGGAGCUGUGGAGGCCUUGUGCCUACGGGAUGGGGUUUGAAGACUGGCACAACCCACCUGAUCAGAUCUGCCCACCAAAGACCACGACAGUGGUUUCUGCAGAGAUUGGGUGGUAGGGGAGGGAGGAGAAUGUACUGCCACCCUUGGCUCAGCGAUGCUAUUUUCCCAUCCAUGUUUAGAACACACUUUGGCUUUCUGAGGUAGGGAGUAGCGCAGGAACACAGAGCAGCCCCUCAGCAACAGCUGAACUCGAGACAUGUAACAGCCGCCAAAGGGUUGGCCCCAGUGGUGAGAGCGGCUCACUACCGCCCUACGAGUGUGGGGUGAGUAGGGGAGGAAGGGAGGGAAGGGCAAGCUGGCUGUCCAGGGACUGAGCUCUCUUUGACAUUAAUACACAUCUUGAGCACUUGAGUGUAGGGCUCCAACUUCUCUGGGAUUGGGAGGCCAACAGUUAGUUUCCUCCACAUCCCUACACUCCCUUCGCCCUUCCCCAGUGUGGUCCCCAACCCUGUUAGGUCACAGCAGGGAGUUGCUGUGGCCCUCAGUAGCUGCACCCUCCCUGUGGGCCUAAGCAGAGCAAAAGUCAGGAACAGCCCGUGGGACCCGCAGAACUCCUCCCUAGUUUAGUGCCUACAAGGAGGUGGCCUGGCAUACCCACGCCUCCUGAAUAAAGCUGGCCUUCACUGUAAACAUAACACUGUAAACACAACACUCAGUGGAACUGUUUGUGCUGAGGGAACAAAAUGCCUGUGGCUUGGGGCGGGGGGAUGCUCUUGGGUAGGGGAGACCUUAGAUUUAUCCUGCCCAAAGAUCUCUCUUUGCUUAGUAUAUAGGGGAAGGUGGAGAGAAAUGUGACUUGAUGGAAUUGUCACCGGUUAAAAGACAUUGGUUAUAGUUCCCCAUUCCACCAGUAGUUGUUUGGUGACUUUGGGCGAGUCACUUCAGCUCCUUGUGCCUCAGCUUCCCCAUUUCUGAAAUGGGGAUCUAUAAUAACCUGCCCUACCUACCUCACAGGGCUGUUGUGAGGCUCAAAGCUGUCA